AUGAAGUUCUACGCUGCUCAGGUUCUCGCUUUGGCCAGCAUCGCCAGCGCUCUUCCUCGCCCCAACUACGGCACUGGAUCUUACACUCAGCCAAGUGCUCCUCUCUCUACCGGUGUCUCUGGUCCUAGCUACGGAUCUGGUGGCGCUAGCUCAGGCCCCAGCUACGGCUCUGGCUCUGGCUCUUCUGGCUCUUCUGGCGACAAGACCCCCAGCUCUGGCAAGGGAGGCCUCAACCUUCCUGGUCUCGGCGGAGGUGCCGGUCUCCCCGGUCUCGGUGGCUCUGCAGGAGGAAAGGGAGGUCUUGGCGGCAUGCUCGGUGGCCUCACGGGUGCCGGCUCUGGCAAGCUCCCUGGUCUCUCCGGCGGCCUCGACAUCCCCGGCCUCAGCGGUUCAGGCGGUGCCAAGGGAGGACUUCCCGGUCUCAGCGGAGGUGCCGGUCUUCCCGGACUCGGUGGCUCUGGCAAGGGAGGUCUCAACCUUCCCGGUGUCGGCGGAGGUGCUGGUCUUCCCGGCCUCAGCGGAGGUGCCGGUCUUCCCGGACUCGGUGGCUCUGGCAAGGGAGGCCUCAACCUUCCCGGUGUCAGCGGAGGUGCUGGUCUUCCCGGUCUCGGUGGCUCUGGCAAGGGAGGUCUAGGUGGCCUCGGUGGCCUCAUGGGCGGAAUCGGAGGUGGCGCUAACGGCGGAGCAUCUGGCGGUGCUCACGGAGGUGCUGGUGCCGGCGUAGGAGGUGGAGCAUCUGGCAACGCUGGUGCUGGCGUUGGCGGCUCAGUCGGCGGUGGUGCUCACGGAGGAGCUGGUGCCGGUGUCGGUGGUGGUGCUGGCGUCGGCGGCUCAGUCGGCGGUGGUGCUCACGGAGGAGCUGGUGCCGGUGUCGGUGGUGGUGCUGGUGUCGGUGGCUCUGUCGGUGGCGGUGCCGGUGUAGGUGGCCACGCUGGAACUGGAGCUGGUGUUGGCGGCUCAGUUGGCGGCGGUGCUGGUGUCGGUGGCUCAGUUGGCGGUGGCGCUGGUGUUGGUGGCCACGCUGGUGCCGGUGUUGGAGGCUCAGGCUCUGUCAGCGGAGGUGCUGGAGCUGGUGUCGGCGGUCACGCUGGUGCCGGUGCUGGUGCCGGUGCUGGAGCUGGAGGAAACGCUGGUGCUGGUGCUGGAGCUGGUGCCGGCGCUGGAGGCAACGGAACCUACGAUGCUUAA